AUGACUGAAAUUGACCAGUCUAUUCUAGAUGAUGUUGACAUGUACCAUGAUGAAAAUGAUACUAGUAAUGAAGAUGAAUCUGCUAAGUUAAUGAGUAUUCAUCUGUCUCAAUUGAUGCUACAGCAUAGAAUUGCUAGAGCAGCAUAUACAGACAUUGUUCAAUUUAUAAACACUGUCAUCGAAGGCCGUAAUGAUAUAAUGAUGGAACCUGGGACUAAGAUCAGCUAUAGCAAAACUGUUGAUACUUUGCUCAAGUCAAAGUCAAGUUGUAGUGAUCCAGACACUCAGAUUGUUUUCCAACUAGUGCGACAUUAUCUGGUCGAUAUACCCUAUAUCAUCAAGCAGCAAGGCCCUCUGCAAUGCUACUCCACUUGCUCAAUGGAGAGACAAUUUGCAAUUCACAAUUAUAUCAGCAUGGCAAUUAGCAUCUGUGAUGAAAUCAAGCUUAUUCAGCCAAAGUCAUAUAGAAGAGAGAGCUACAUAAACCUUUCUAAUGAUUCUAGUGGUGUGCAGUUGUGGGAGCUAUUUCAUCAGUUUGUUAAUUUGAACAAUGAUUUAGUAAAAGAUGUAGGCGGCCCUAGUGUGAAGGAAGCUUUAUUGAUAUACUACCAGAGACCAACAGACUUGACUGGCCACGAGUUUGGUGACUCUGUUGUUGUUGUAGCUGCACAUCUGUGGAUAGGCUUGACCCAUGUAGAUUUCUAUGGCUUCCUACACUUUCUUGCUUUCAUGGAGGUUAUGAAGGAACAUGACGCAGCUGACCAUAAUUCAUUAGUACCUAUUGUCAAACAACAGUCACAAAGUACUCACACACUAGGCUACCAAAUGUAA